UAGUAAGAAAGGAAGGUGGAAAUUUUACAUUUUAAUAAGAAAUACAUCGGGAGUUUUUUUGUGAAAUCGGUUAUGUAAUGGUUUGGUGUUAAAUACAGGAAGCAUCGAUCGAUCGUGUCUUUCAAAUCGUGAGUUUGUUGUUUUCGAUCGCAUUUUCGUGCGGUUUUCCAGCGAGCUGACCACCUUGUGAAGUUGUUCGGCAGCAGCAGUGUGGCACUGGCAGCGCUCCAGCAGCCUGCUGGCUUAGCUACUCGAUAGCGUAAUGGCUAACAAACUAGCCAGCGCACGGCCGGGGAACCUGAGAAGCGGAAGAUCGAGAGAAAGGAGAAUGAAAUUAAUUCGCUAGCAAGGCUGUUUUUACUUUGCACCGAUCGCUGUUAUGUCAGAAAGACUUGACUGAGGACUCCGCGCAGCAAGAGUUUUUAUUUUGUUUCCAGCUUGCUAUUUUUAAUGAAUGAGGACCGUCAGGUUGGUUGUUUAGGCAGUUCGCAACUAUUUCAAGGAUGAAGAGGAUGGAAGCGUUUUCUACCUUGCCAGCGAGCUAUGAGCAGGAUGGUUGCGAAUGAUUAGGGCGCUUGCGUACCAGUCCGCACGAUGAAAAAGGACAACAGUAACUACAAAAUAAUGGAUUAAAGUGAUGCGCCCUGGUCACAACAGUUGGAUUACAAAAGUACUCCAUAAAUCAUGUGAAGGUUGUUUCGCACAGAGGAAUUCACAUAUGAUUGCGUCAAACGUAAACAGUGGCGGAUUUUUUGUGCUUUUGUUCCCCUCAAACCUGGGAACUAGUUGUGUUGUGUUCUGAUGUGGUACCAUAUUUCUGUUAUAGCGGAUAUGAUAUCUCUUUUGAUGGAUGUCGCUCUGCGCUCCAGGUAGUCUCCAGCCUGCCUGUAUUGCAUAGGGAGUGGUGGGGGAGGUCUGGAUAGGGCCGCAAUUUCCUUGAGAUGUAGCAGAGCCAUGCAAUGAACUCCAUUUUUACAAGUUUUUUUUUCAAUUUCAUAUGCCUACCCAUCAGCGUUUUGGGAAUAAAAAGAAUACUGAUCACCAACGAAUCUGUUUGGAUGGCUAUGCAGGGAAAACGCUUACUUUUAAUGGACACGACGCAUUAGGGAUUGCCGUUUUUUUGGUUUGUAAAUAUUUCUGCAGCUAUUCAACUAGUGCCAUUUGAAAUUAUGUAAAGAGAUGGAAUGAUUUCCUAGCCGACUGUAUUUGUGCCCAUUGUAAAUUAAUUAUGUAUAUCGUGGACCAAUGUUGGAUAAAAUUUCAUUGUUCAACAUUUUUAAAAAAGAUUUAAUGUGGAAGAACCUUGAACCAUUGUAACACGGUAUCAUGUCGGUGUACGCUGAAUUCGUUCCCCCUCCGGAGUGUCCCGUUUUUGAGCCAAGUUGGGAAGAUUUUUCGGAUCCAUUAGGAUUUAUAAACAAGAUCCGACCCAUUGCCGAAAAAACUGGUAUCUGCAAAAUUCGUCCCCCCGAGGAUUGGCAGCCUCCGUUUGCCUGCGAUGUGCGGAACUUCCGCUUCACCCCGCGAGUCCAGAGGUUGAAUGAGCUCGAGGCCCUGACCCGGGUCAAGCUCAACUUCCUGGACCAAAUCGCCAAGUUCUGGGAGCUGCAGGGCUCCAAGCUACGGCUACCCCAUGUGGAAAGGAAGAUCCUCGACCUGUAUGUCCUCAGCAAGAUGGUGUCUGCGGAGGGCGGCUUCGUGACAGUCUGCAAGGAGAAGCGCUGGUCCAAGGUGGCGGCCAGGAUGGGCUUCCCCCCAGGGAAGAACACCGGCUCCCUGCUGAGGUCCCACUACGAGAGGAUCCUGUACCCCUAUGAGCUCUUCCAGUCCGGGGCGUCCCUGACGGGCAUCCACAGGCUCUACGAGGAGGGCGGCGACGGCGAGGAGGUGGACGAGGGCGCAGAUGCGGCUGGGGAGGAGGAGGAGUGCGAGGAGAAGGAGGAGGAUGGGGACAGCCUGUGCGACAGGUCUCAGGGCAAGGAUCACCCCCUGCCCGAGCGACGCUCACGCCGCCUGAAGUCCGCUGAGCUCAACGCCGAGCGCAACGGCAAAGAGCUGAAGAGCCUGCAGAUCUUCGGCAGCAGCCCCAAGAUGGUGGGGCUGGAGAUCGUACCAGCGGAUGACAGCUUCAACAAGAAGCAGAGGCACCUCAAGGCUCAAGCUUUCGCUAUUAAGAUGAGGCAGCGCAAGGAAACGCUGGAAGUCAACUUUAUUGACCUGUACAUGUGCCUGGCGUGCGGGCGCGGGGACGAGGAGGACCGGCUGCUUCUGUGUGACGGCUGCGACGACAGCUACCACACCUUCUGCCUCAUCCCGCCGCUGCAGGAUGUGCCCAAAGGGGACUGGCGCUGCCCCAAGUGUGUGGCUGAGGAGUGCAGCAAGCCGCGGGAGGCGUUCGGCUUCGAGCAGGCCGUGCGCGAGUACUCCCUCCAGAGCUUCGGGGAGAUGGCCGACCACUUCAAGUCAGACUACUUCAACAUGCCCGUGCACAUGGUCCCCACGGAGCUGGUGGAGAAGGAGUUCUGGCGUCUGGUGAGCAGCAUCGACGAGGACGUGAUUGUGGAGUACGGCGCUGACAUCAGCUCCAAGGAGGUGGGCAGCGGCUUCCCUGUGAGAGACGGCAAGAGGAGGCUGCUGUCUGAGGAGGAGGAAUAUGCAAACUCGGGCUGGAACCUGAAUAACAUGCCGGUGCUGGAGCAGUCUGUGCUGACCCACAUCAACGCCGAUAUCUCGGGCAUGAAGGUGCCCUGGCUGUACGUGGGCAUGUGCUUCUCCUCCUUCUGCUGGCACAUCGAGGACCACUGGAGCUACUCCAUCAACUUCCUGCACUGGGGCGAGCCGAAGACGUGGUACGGGGUCCCGGCGCACGCGGCCGAGCAGCUGGAGGCGGUGAUGAAGAAGCUGGCGCCUGAGCUCUUCGACUCGCAGCCUGACCUGCUGCACCAGCUGGUGACCAUCAUGAACCCCAACGUCCUCAUGGAGCACGGAGUCCCAGUGUUCCGGACCAAUCAGUGCGCAGGGGAGUUUGUGGUGACCUUCCCCAGGGCCUAUCACAGCGGCUUCAACCAGGGCUACAACUUCGCCGAGGCGGUCAACUUCUGCACAGCGGACUGGCUCCCGCUGGGCCGCCAGUGCGUGGCGCACUACCGCCGCCUGCACCGCUACUGCGUCUUCUCCCACGAGGAGUUGCUGUGCAAGAUGGCGGCCGACCCCGAGAGCCUGGACGUGGAGCUGGCCGCCGCCGUCUUCCGGGAGAUGGGGGACGUGAUGGAGGAGGAGACCCGGCUGCGGCAGGCCGUUCACCAGAUGGGCGUGCUGUCCUCGGAGCAGGAAGUGUUUGAGCUGGUCCCGGACGACGAGCGGCAGUGCCAGAAGUGCAAGACCACCUGCUUCCUGUCGGCCCUCACCUGCACCUGCAGCCCCGACAGGCUGGUGUGCCUGCACCACGCCGGCGACCUGUGCGACUGCCCCCUCGGCAACAAGUGUCUGAGGUACAGGUAUGCCCUGGACGAGUUCCCCUCGAUGCUGCACGGGGUCAAGUCCCGGGCGCAGUCCUACGACACCUGGGCCAAGAGGGUCACCGAAGCCCUGGCUGCGGAUCACAAGAACAAGAAAGACCUGAUUGAGCUGAAGGUGAUGCUGGAGGACGCAGAAGACAGGAAGUAUCCGGAGAACAACCUGUUCCGCCACCUGAAGGAGAUGGUGAAGGAGGCCGAGACCUGCUCCUCUGUGGCCCAGCUGCUGCUCAGCCACAAGCAGAGGCACAGGCAGCGCCCGGAGAGCAGCCGCAGUCGCAGCAAGCUGACGGUGGAGGAGCUGAAGGCCUUCGUGGAGCAGCUGUUCCGCCUGCCCUGCGUCAUCAGUCAGGCCCGGCAGGUCAAGGAGCUCCUGGAGAACGUGGAGGACUUCCACGAGCGGGCCCAGGCGGCGCUGGCGGACGAGACCCCGGACUCGUGCAAGCUGCAGGCGCUGCUGGACCUGGGCGCGGGCCUGGACGUGGAGCUGCCCGAGCUGCCGCGGCUCAAGCAGGAGCUGCAGCAGGCGCGCUGGCUGGACGAGGUGCGUCUGACGCUGGGCGAGCCGCACCGCGUCACCCUGGAGCUGAUGAAGCGGCUCAUCGACUCGGGCGUGGGCCUGGCGCCGCACCACGCCGUGGAGAAGGCCAUGGCCGAGCUGCAGGAGAUCCUCACCGUGUCGGAGCGCUGGGAGGACAAGGCCCGCACCUGCCUGCAGGCCAGGCCCCGCCACAGCAUGGGCACCCUGGAGAGCAUCGUGAUGGAGGCCAAAAACAUCCCGGCGUACCUGCCCAACGUGCUGGCGCUGAGAGAGGCCCUGCAGAAAGCCAAAGAGUGGACAGCCAAAGUGGAGGCCAUCCAGAACGGCAGUAACUACGCCUACCUGGAGCAGCUGGAGAGCCUGCUGGCCCGGGGCCGCUCCAUCCCCGUGCGGCUGGACCCCCUGCCCCAGGUGGAGUCGCAGGUGGCCUCCGCCCGCGCCUGGAGGGAGAGGACGGCGCGCACCUUCCUCAAGAAGAACUCCACCUACACCCUGCUGCAGGUGCUGAGCCCACGCGUGGACAUCGGGGUUUAUGGCAACAGCAAGAGCAAGCGGAAGAGAGCCAAGGAGUUGCUGGAGAAGGAGCGGGGCCUGGAGCUGGAGGGGCUGAGUGACCUGGAGGAGGGCAUGGAGGAGAUCCGAGACCCAGCCGCUGUGGUGGCGGCCUUUAAGACCAAGGAGCAGAAGGAGAUCGAGGCCAUGCACUCGCUGCGCGCCGCCAACCUGGCCAAGAUGGCCAUGGCCGACCGCAUCGAGGAGGUGAAGUUCUGCCUGUGCCGCAAGACGGCCAGCGGCCUGAUGCUGCAGUGCGAGCUCUGCAAGGACUGGUUCCACAGCGCCUGCGUGCCGCUGCCCAAGGCCGGCUCGCAGAAGAAGGGCGCCGGCUGGCAGAGCAAGGAGUCCAAGUUCCUGUGCCCGCUGUGCCAGCGCUCGCGCCGGCCGCGCCUCGAGACCAUCCUGUCGCUGCUGGUGUCGCUGCAGAAGCUGCCCGUGCGGCUGCCCGAGGGCGAGGCGCUGCAGUGCCUGACGGAGCGCGCCAUGGGCUGGCAGGACCGGGCGCGGCAGGCGCUGGCCACCGACGAGCUCUCCUCCGCCCUGGCCAAGCUGUCGGUGCUCAGCCAGCGCAUGGUGGAGCAGGCGGCGCGGGAGAAGACGGAGAAGAUCAUCCACGCCGAGCUGCAGAAGGCCGCCGCCAACCCCGACCUGCAGGGUCAUAUCCAGACCUUCCAGCAGGCCGGCUUCAGCAGGGCCACGUCACCACGGCAAUCCGUGGACUACGAUGACGAGGAGACGGACUCUGACGAGGACAUCCGGGAGACCUAUGGCUACGAUAUGAAGGACUCGAGCGGCGUGAAGCCCUACCUCUUCUGCGACGAGGAGAUCCCGGUGAAGUCCGAGGAGGUGGUCAGCCACAUGUGGCCGGCCACGCCCUCCUUCUGCGCCGAGCACGCCUACUCCUCCGCCUCCAAGUCCUGCACCCAGAACUCAGGGACCCCCCGGAAGCAGCCGCGGAAGACGCCCCUGGUCCCCCGCAGCCUGGAGCCGCCGGUGCUGGAGCUGUCCCCCUCGGCCAAGGCCCAGCUGGAGGAGCUGAUGAUGGUGGGCGACCUGCUGGAGGUGUCCCUGGACGAGACGCAGCACAUCUGGAGGAUCCUGCAGGCCACGCACCCGCCCUCGGAGGAGCGCUUCCUGCAGGUCAUGGAGCCGGAGGAGGGCCUGCUGGAGAAGCCGGUGAAGCUGAAGGCCAAGGACUCGGAGAAGAAGCGCAAGCGCAAGCUGGAGAAGGCGGAGCAGCUGCUGCUGGCGGCGGGCGGCGAGGGCCGGCCCAAGUCCAAGGAGCAGCGCAAGGCCGACGGCAAGCCCAAGAAGAAGAAGCUGAAGCUCAGCCCGGACAAGGCCCGCGAGCUGAAGCAGCUGGCCAAGCGGCUGGCCAAGGAGGAGAAGGAGAAGAAGAGGAAGGAGAAGGCCGCCGCCAAGGCCGAGGCCGCCAAGGAGAGCCUGGAGAAGAAGCGCGAGAAGAAGGUGCUGGACAUCCCCUCCAAGUACGACUGGUCCGGCGCCGAGGACUCCAACGACGAGAACGCCAUCUGCGCCGCCAAGAACUGCCAGCGGCCGUGCAAGGACAAGGUGGACUGGGUGCAGUGUGAUGGCGGCUGUGAGGAGUGGUUCCACCAGGUGUGCGUGGGUGUGUCCUGCGAGAUGGCGGAGAACGAGGACUACAUCUGCUCGGCCUGCUCCCGGAAGGCGGCGCUGGGCGGGGACCCAGCGGCGGUGGGGGGCGGCCUGCUCUGCUCCCCCCAGGGCCUCCCCGUCCUCACCCAGCAGGACCUGCAGGAGAGCAGCUAGCCCCGCCCCGCCCCACCGACUGACCGCCCGCCGCCCCGCUUGCCAGGCGACGGAGGAUGACUCGAAAACCGGACCAGCUCACGAAGGCGCCGGACUCAGACAGGUGGAGACGAAACUGAGACCGCUCGAGCGCUGUCGCAGGUGGAGCUCUGAGGAUGGCGGCGGGUGGGGGGUCGUAGGUCGUAGGUCAGAGCGCUUCCAUCUCCGCACUUUAUUGUAGAAGAGAUUUGACCAUUGCUUUGACCCCCCCGCCACGUCCACACCAGCGGCCAGCAAAGGCCCCCCCAUUUCAACCCCACACACAGAGGGCGCUGUGUGCGCCAGACCCGAAUUGAGACACAUGGCUGGGGGCGGGGUCUGUCGCCAUGGCACCAGGAGCUUAGCACUCUAACUGGGGGCCAGAUGAGUGGUAAAGGACCCAAUGCAGCCAUGAGAACGUGGCCCCCCCAUCCACUUCUCCGGACCACAGAAGACACGCCUCGGCCUUCCGGUCAUUAUGAAACCUGUCGAGGACACGCCCUGCGCUCUACCCAACCCUCCACCCUGCCCUAUCUACAGUAUGAGUCAGUACGUAGGAGUAGGAGAGUGGCUGUAUGUAGUGAACGUAUUUAUAAUGUAAAUACUGUAGGUUUUAAGUGAUUAAAUAACAGGAAAUGGCUCUCGGUUUCUCUUUUAUCAACUUUAAUAAACUCUUCCUGCUCAGAUGGA